UUCACAUUUUUGAGACCUCAGCGGUAAUAGUAAAUAUGUGGUUUCAAUUUAAUAUUACUUUUAUUUCGACUUCUGUUUUUGCGCCGUGUGUUUCGAUUGUUUAGCUCCCGUUGUUUGUAUCUAUUCGUUUUUUCCUGAAUUCAUUUUUUUUUCAGAAAUCAACUGUAGCUCAAUUGAAACCAGUCAAUGUGUACACAUUACCAGUUAUUCCAGUUUUAUUAACUCAGGGAAUAUUGUUUACAGUUCAGUCGGAAAUUGUUGGAAUUAUUUUUUUGUAAAAGAUCAAAACACAACGACGACUGGAUUUCAUUAUCUUCGCUUUUUAUUUAAAUGGUUGCAGAUCAUUUCAUCUGUGUCGCUGCCACGAUUUCAUCAUGGACAUGGGUAAUGGAUCAAAAGUUUUAAAAAUUUGUAAAUUACCGAAAAAUUUUCACUGCUUUAAAUAAUUUAUUCGUUUCGCUGUUGAGAUGUUACAUGCCUCAGUUUCAUUUAUUGGAUGAUUAUAACCUUCCAAGUUCAAUUCUAAACGUUGACUCUUUCUGAAAAAGAAAGGAAAGUUAUUUGUUUUUAUUUCAUUUUUUAUUAAGCUUCCUGUUUUAUUUGAUAAAUGAUAAGGAUGGUCAAUAAAGGUGACUUUGUGGUUUGAUAACCAAAUCAGUCUUAUUUCCAUUCCCUCCUCAACUUCUUCAUAUAUUUCACUUUACUCUUUGCACCUCUUAAGGACCACCUCUCUGGAUAUCGAUUUGGAAAAAACAAUCCACCCUCACUUCCGUGGCCUUUUGCGCCCACCCAUCUAACUGGAAUGAAAAUAAUAUUCUAAAGUACCCCCAGUAAGUUAUAACCUUACUAACUAGCCCUCUUGCAUUAUUCAUAUUAUUCAUCGUUUAAUCGAUAAAGUCAAGUUAGAAUAAUAUAGAAUAACAUUAUUAAAACGGCAGCAGCAAUUGAAUAAAGGGUUCACCAUUGCAGAUACUUACACUCGUAAAUCAAGGCAAAUCAUAUAAGGGUGAAGUGUCUUAUUUCUACAUUUUGUUAAUUCAGAAUUUGGCAUGUAUCAUUUUGAAUUUGGGUAAAUAUCACUACAAAAAAAGAACUGAAUGCUUCACUAGGUUUAAUUUGAUUUCCUAUUUUUGACUUCACUCGAGCAAAUCUGAAGAAAAUUUUGCCUUCCGAAUUGCCUCGUGUGUUUUCCCAGCCAGCUGUCAGGCAAUUUCCGUCCAACUUUGAAUCCAACUUGCAACAACCGACGUGCGUGAAAUUACAAUCUGAUCACUACAUCUAACUUUUCCUCAUUUUACCCAGAAUUUCCCUCAUAGUCUUUUUAAACCCUUGGACCGUUGCGAUACAAAGCAUUUAGAGAUAAACUUUUGAUGUUCGUAAAAUUUCAAAGUUUUGGUUAAUAUGAGACUAUUAGUAGUGUCUUUGAAAUGUGUGUUUUGAUUUAGAGCAGAUGCACUUUUUUAAUGGCUGAGUCCGAAGGGGGAAACUCAAUGUAUUAAUCAGCGACGCGUCUCUCCCGCAAUCCUGGAUCAAAGCUCCCCAAUUUUAUUGUUUUUUACUCCCCAUAAUUUAUUCACAAGUCUCCCUCAGUACUCAAAUUGCCUCGUGUGCAUUUACCUGGUGGAUACUGUUUCAACAUAACAGGUUCUACAAUUGCAAAUAAAUUCAGAAGUCUUAAGUUCAACUUGAAACUGCAAAAAAGCAAAGUUACCGUAGCUUUGAAAAAAGUAGCUUAUACUGUUACCUCUCUCCGUUAAUUCUCAAAUUGCGACUACUUGCACUUUUAUUCCGCCAGAGGUAAUACUACCUUCCUUUACGCGUAUCCGGCAAGUACUCUUGUGUUACUUCUGGGCUUUCCUGGCCAUUACUGGAUGCUAAUUAGACCAGAGUUGAUCUAGACCUUACCAGAUUAAUUAUAGCAUUCGUAUUUUCUCCAUCCUUCUUGGUGCUUAUACCAUUUUGGCUGCUUACCAUAACUCAAUUUUAAAACUAGCAUAUCUGCUAAAUUAUUAUUCUCAGCUGAACUCGGUUCGAAAUACAUUCAAUUAUUGUUGAAAAUUAACUCAUUAUAGUUCAAGCUUGUCUCUUUUCAAAAACCCUAAAAAUGGGGCUUACAAAUAUUUGCGGUGCAAUAUUUCGUUUUAAUACAAAGUGUACAGAAACAGAAUCAAGGCCUUAUUUCGUUCGACCUUCCGUAUUUGGCAGUUUUCUGGCUCUGUUUUUCUUGGUCCAGACUGUUCACUGCGAAAUUCGGGCUCAAAUUGAAGAAAACAACGCUGUGGGAUCAUGGGUAGCAUCUGUUAGCUCACUAUCUGUCAACUGCAAUGGAAAACUCAAAGUUAAAAUGAAUGAGGAGCUGGAGGUGGACAGAAAAGGCGACAUCAGAACCAGAGUCGAACUGGACCGAGAAUCGCUGGACUGCGUCGAAAAAGAAUCGCAAAACGGAAAAUGCGUCAUUUCAUCUUUAGUAUACUGCCCCAGUCCAUUUAAGUCCGAAAAUGUUUUGAUCGAAGUGCUGGACAAAAAUGACAAUCCUCCCUCGUUUAGUAAAAAAGAAGCGCAAUUUUCGAUGCCUGAAAAUACACCUCAAAACACGAUGUUUGCCUUAGAUGUAGCAAGCGACCCAGAUUCGACAGAAAAUGGCGUGAAAAGGUACUCUUUGGUUUGUGAAAACUGUGACGAAGACUCAGAGAACACUUUUCGUCUGGUAGAUGACGAAAGAAGAAGCACGGAUGGUGCCAUUCUGCCCAAAAUAGAACUGAGACAGCCACUGGACCACGAGGAGAAGACGCUUUACGUGUUCUCUAUAACCGCAUUCGACGCCGAUGACCAGUCUGACUCUUACACGUUGAAAAUAGACGUCACUGACAUCAAUGACAAUGCGCCUAUCUUUUCCCAGUCGACUCUGAAGUCGACUAUUCCGGAGGAUCAGCCAGUCGGAAGUGUGGUCGGAAGUGUCGAGGCACAUGACCUAGACAGUGGAAAGAAUGGAGAGAUAGAAUACGGGUUUUCGACCCAAGAAUCGCUUCCUGAAACAGUGCGCAGCUUCCAAAUCAACUCGACAACGGGUGAAAUAACCCUAGUUCAGAGUCUGAAAAACCAGGGCGGAAAAGACCACGAAGUUAUUAUAUACGCUAAGGAUAAAGCUGCCAGUCCUUUAAAAGACGAACUGACUUGGAAAUUCUCAAUUUUGGAGAAAAAUGAUUUUGUCCCGCAAAUAACUUUCACUUCAUUAGAAAACACCGAAGACUGUCAGAUUCCGGAAAAUAAUGAAAUCGGACAUGUUAUCGGUUACUUUGAAGUUGCCGACAAUGACGAAGGCGAGUUCGGACAAACCGAGUUCCGAAUGGUGAACGGAAGUAAUUUGUUCACUCUAAGCGAACAAAAUGGGUUCUAUUUCUUGGAGUCGCUAGUUCGUUUUAACCGCGAGGAGAUAGCUAGUUAUGUCAUAACUGUCCGUGCGUGGGAUUGUCGUGAUGCUCCUGCGUGCGACAGGCUUGAAACUAUAGAUCACAUGCUUUUCACGGUCUGCGACGACAAUGACAACCGACCUGUUUUUGAGCAGAAGGAAAUUAAAAUAACCCUGCAAGAAGAGGAACCCCCGGGAGUUUUGGCCCAGUUCCAGGCGUUUGACCGGGACGCCGGACUUAACGGGGAGGUCCUUUACUACAUACCUGAAGUCGACAUUUCAAGUUUCUUUAGCAUCAAUCAAAGCACUGGUGUUGUUUCAAGUGCUAAAUCUUUAGAUAGAGAACUAUUAACUGAUUUUGUUGAGGUUCCUGUGAUUGCUGAAGAUAAAGGACGGCCCGUGAGAAGGGAAACCGGGAAGCUUUUAAUCACUCUUAAAGAUAUAAACGAUAACGCACCGCGGUUUGUGAACCCUCCGCGGUUCCUGGAACUAUUUGAAAAUGCCAACCCGGGCGCAGUUAUUGGUACGAUCCAAGCUGUUGACGAUGAUAAAGCGAACGCUAAAAUUAUUUAUUCUUUGAGUGCAAACUCGUCAGAAAAUUUCGCAGUUGCAAAACAUAGCGGUCAUAUAACAGCCUUAACUAAAUUCGACUAUGAAAACGAAGAAACACGAGAGUUUACGGUGUGGGUUGUAGCGAGAGAAGAAACUGACGAAGCUUUAACAAACACGCUGCCUUUGAAAAUUGAAGUUAUCGAUAAAAACGAUAAUUAUCCAACGAUUGAUUCGAUCGAAGAAGUUGUCGAUAUACCAUGGGACGCGGAUGACGGAUACGAAGUCACCAGAAUCAUCGCUCACGAUAUCGACUCCCGAGAAAAUGGGCGACUUAACUUCGUGUUGCGAAAUGAGCGCGACCGGUUUGAUAUCAACCGGAAAACUGGGGUCAUUAUGGUCCGAGAGCGACCCAAUAUUUAUAAAGACAAAGACGCUACUUUUCAGGUUCAAGUUGAGAUCCAAGAUAGUGCCUCGCCUUACCCUCUGUCAAUUGACACAUCAAUAUACAUUACAUUCACUGGAAACGUGACUUUGUAUAAUCACACUGAAAUAAGCAGUAUCCGUUUCCCAAUGACUUGGAAUGACAUUGAGGGGCUCGUUGUUUACAUCGCUUUAGGAGCUGUUUUGUUCGUUAUUCUGAUCAUUUUAAUCUGGGUGACGCUAGUUUUUAAGUGCAGACGCAGUUCGUAUAAAGACCACAGAGUUCAAAUGAGGUCAACUUCGAAAUUCAUCAUGGAGCAAGACAUCCAGUACAACCAUUCCAAUUCCAGCAAGAGAGCCUCGGCUCAUUUUGGAUCCAACUUGAGAAGUCAAAAUGGAGGAGGAGGUUAUGGGCCUCCAGAUGGAAGUGUGGCUGUGUACCUUAGGGGUCCUAUGGGGGACGGGGAUAACCACCCGAAUAGCAGUAAAGAUGUCUCCCCCAACUCGGCGCUUAACGAUGACUCAGUCGUAUUUGCAAACGAGAUGAACACUUCAAGCUCAAUCCCUAAUAUUCACGAGAACCCCCUAGCAGUCGUCGCCUCCUCCCCCUCUUCAGGAAUCGGAGGACUCAACAGUUCUCAGUCUUCCUUCGAUACCUCCAACCACAAUUACUCAUCUUCUGGACCCCAUCAUCGCCCCAACCCCUCUGGCCCCGGGGCAGUUUCAUACGCACAGGUCCCCUCCCCCCUGCCUAAACUGAAGCUAGAAGGUCACGUGACGGUGGAGCAGCCUCCAUACCACAUGGGGAAUAAUGCGCCGACACCUCCUUAUGAUGGAAUCAUUACGUCACAAGAAUCAACGUUACCCUACAACUACCCAAUGACAGCUGUGAGUAGCAGUGCAGUAGGCAGACGCCCUUCUUCCUCCCACCCUUCACAGGCUCAGACUCCCUCCACAUACAGCAGCAACAGCCUCCUAAUGCACCCACCGGGGGGUUCGGGGGGAGGACGGAGACAGAUUUCAGAGCCAGUUGACACUUCAGCCCCAUUCCAGCAUCAUGGCCAGCCCAACGAACAGGUUUCCAGACGAAUGCACAGCGGAAGUCCGGAGCCAGCUGGGUCCGACUCGAGCAGUUUUGACUCUGGCAGGGGCAGCGAGGCACUGGUCGACCCGAUGGGUUACAACUCAGCCGGACAUCUGGCAACAAUUCGGGGUGCAAAGAGUCUUCCUAAUGGAAAAAAAUCCAGACAUGCGGCUCCGGCUCCCAUGUACGGCGACCACCGGGAAGAUGAUUGCUGGCAACCGCGUGUCCAGGAAAGUAGCACACUUCCCGGUAACAACAGACAACAUCAGCAACAACAGCAGUCGAACAACCCUGACAUUCCUACCAAGGGUGGUAUUUUGAUCACGCCUUCUCGGCAAAUCCUCCAGCCUCCAGCAUCGAAUCACGAGAAGUGGAAUCUCCCACGUGACGCUAAUUCCUUCAAACAGAACCAACCCGGAGGUAUGAACGGCAGCAACAGCUCGCCAGGUGCGAACACGAACUCCAAUGGGAAUAUAAACCGAAUUGGGCUCUCGGAACUCGAGCCGAUAGCCGAGAAUUUUGCGCUGGAACGAAUGCGAGGGGAUCCAAACUACAUUCCAGACGUCGUAAGGUCAUCCGCGGCUUCCAGUCAAACGGGACUCAGUCAUUCCGGAAGUAAUCAUUCGCUUCAUAAGAGUCAACAACAACAAACGCAGCAACAACAACAGCAAAACAACCCGACGGCUAGAACAACUGUACCCCCCAAACGAACUCCCCCCGCAAUACCCCUAGAAAACGAUUCGAGAACUGCAGUUGUUUAGUAUUCAAAAACAAAACCGAUUGCUUCUUCCUAAUUCAAAUCCAAUUUAAUCAGCUCAAUUCAGUGCAAAAUUUUUUAUCACUCAAACAUUUGCAAUUUUUAU